AGUUGAUCUGGUCUUAGAGAGUCCAGACCGGCUGACAGCAGGACCUGCAGGAUCUCAAACAUGGCCAGCUGUUCAGGAUGUGGACCAGGAUACCGCAGCCCACUGGACGCCAUGAAAGGUCGUCGGGAGGAGAUCGUCUACCUUCCCUGCAUCUACCGCAACACUGACAUCCAGAAACCGGACUACCUCGCCACCGUGGACGUGGACCCCAAGUCCUCCACCUACACUCAGGUCAUCCACCGGCUGCCGAUGCCGAACCUCCGUGACGAGCUGCACCACUCCGGAUGGAACGCCUGCAGCAGCUGCUUCGGCGACGCCUCCAAGAAGAGAAACCGUCUGAUUCUGCCCUCGCUCAUCUCCUCCAGAGUCUACGUGGUCGACGUCGGCACGAAUCCCAGAGCGCCGCAGAUCCACAAGGUGGUGGAGCCGGUCGAUAUGUACUGGAAGUGCAACCUGGCGAACCCUCACACGUCUCACUGUCUGGGCAACGGUCAGAUCAUGAUCAGCUGUAUCGGAGACCCGGCCGGCAACGGCAAAGGUGGUUUCGUCCUGCUGGACGGUGAGACGUUCGAGGUGGUCGGUAACUGGGAGCACCCCGGUGAAGCGGCGCCCUUUGGAUAUGACUUCUGGUACCAACCUCGACACAAUGUGAUGAUCAGCACCGAAUGGGGGGCGCCCAAAGCUCUGGCUGGCGGUUUCAAUCCCGCUCAUGUCAAAGAAGGACUCUACGGCACUUCCAUCCAUGUUUGGGACUGGACCACCCACAGGAAGCUGCAGACCCUGGAUCUGGGUGAGGAGGGCGCCAUUCCCCUCGAGAUCCGGUUCCUCCAUGACCCUGAUGCCACAGAGGGCUACGUGGGAUGUGCUCUGCGGUCUAUAGUCUUCAGAUUCUACAAAACACCAAAAGGUGACUGGGCUGCAGAGAAAGUGAUCAGUGUUCCCAGUAAGAAGGUAGAAGGAUGGAUUCUACCUGAAAUGCCUGGUCUCAUCACAGACAUCCUGAUCUCGUUGGACGACCGUUAUCUCUACUUCAGUAAUUGGCUGCACGGUGACAUCAGACAGUAUGACAUCACAGACAGGAGGAACCCCCGAUUGGUCGGCCAGGUGUUUCUGGGAGGAAGUAUCGUCAGUGACGGUCCAGUCAGAGUCCUGGAGGACCCGGAGAACCAGCCGCAGCCCCCCCCACGCAUCAUCCAGGGGAGGCGUGUCCCUGGAGCUCCUCAGAUGUUACAGUUGAGUUUAGACGGUCGGAGACUUUAUGUGACGACGUCUCUCUACAGCGGCUGGGACAAACAGUUCUACCCCGACAUGGCCAAAGAGGGCUCGGUGAUGAUGCAGAUCGAUGUGGACUCUGUGGACGGGGGUCUCUCUGUGAACGAGAACUUCCUGGUGGAUUUCGGUAAAGAACCCGACGGUCCGUCUCUGGCUCACGAGCUCCGAUACCCGGGAGGAGACUGUACGUCGGACAUCUGGCUCUAGAGACGUAGAGAACCGCGUAGAACCAUGUAGAACCAUGUAUAACCUUGUAGAACCUUGUAGAACCAUGUAGAACCUUGUAGAACCAUGUAGAACCAUGUAGAACCUUGUAGAACAUUGUAGAACCUUGUAGAACCAUGUAUAACCUUGUAGAACCUUGUACAACCAUGUAGAACCUUGUACAACCAUGUAGAACCUUGUACAACCAUGUAGAACCAUGUAGAGACGUUCAGAAUGUUCAUAACUGUUCAUGUUUCAGAAUCAAUAAAUCAAUACCGAGCUCUU